AUGGCGCAAAAUUACUCCUUUCAGUACUUCACCGUUCAGUUCCCACCCGAGAAUCCAUAUGUCGCCCAUGUGGAGAUCAACCGGGCAGAGAAGAUGAACGCCUUCUUUGAAGCUAUGUGGCUGGAACUGCGCCAGGUUUUCGCUCAACUAUCGGAGGACUCCGCCGUGCGGGCCAUCGUGCUGAGUGGCGCCGGUGAGAAGGCAUUCACCACUGGGUUAGACGUCAAGGCUGCCUCUCAGGGCCCCCUGGUUGGAAAGGCAGAUCACGACCCCGCCCGCAAAGCGGUUCAGCUGCGCCGCCAUGUCGCCGAGUUCCAGGACUGCAUCAGUGCCAUCGAGCGCUGCGAGAAGCCUGUCAUCGUUGCCAUGCACGGAUUUUCACUCGGUCUGGCAAUUGAUCUGUCGACCGCCGCUGACAUCCGGCUCUGCUCGACGGACGUGCGAUUCGCUGUCAAGGAGGUCGACAUUGGUCUCGCCGCGGAUAUUGGCACGUUGAGCCGGCUGCCCAAGGUGGUUGGAAACUUCGGCUGGGUGAAGGAGGUGUCGCUGAGCGCCCGCAUCUUUGGGGCCGAGGAAGCACUGCGUGUGGGUUUCGUGAACGCUGUGUACGAGAACCGCGAGGCUCUGAUCGCGGCGGCCCUCAAGCUGGCCACGCUGAUCGCCAUGAAGAGCCCUGUGGCUGUUCAGGGUACCAAGGAGAUCUUGAACUGGUCGCGCGACCACUCCGUGCAAGACGGCCUGCGCUAUACGGGCGUGUGGAACAGCGCAGCCCUACAGACCAGUGACGUGUCUGCAGCACUGUUGUCCGCGAUGCAGAAGCGCACCCCUACGUUUGAAAAGCUGUAG